AUGUCGACUGCUCCCAGGACUGUCAACGCGUAUGCUGCAUUCGAACCGUGUGGCAAGAUCGAGCCUUUCCAAUAUCUGUCCCGCCCGCUUGGAGAAGACGAUGUGGAGAUCAAAAUCUCGCACUGCGGAAUCUGCGGAGUAGACAUUCAUCACCUCGACAGCGGCUGGGAGCCCACACUGUACCCCUGUGUGUUUGGUCACGAAAUCAUCUGUGAAGUGAGUGUUGUUGGUAUCAACGUUAAGCAUCUUGGCGUGGGUGAUCGUGUCGGCGUCGGAGCUCAAGUCUAG